UUCGAGUCCCUCCAAUCUCACUCCAACAGCAUGCGGCGCCCCCGGCCACCAGAUAUCAACACAGCCGGGGACGAGAACCGAGUUUCCCUGCGAACAGAUUCACAGCCGGAGGCAUUGGUGAAGCGGGAGUCGAGGGUCGGUUUGAGGAGCAUUUUCGGCCGGUCCAGGGCAGGCAAGGAUGGAAAUCAUCCAAAAGAGUCAGACGACCCGUCUUCUUUGCGCGAGUUGUCUACAAGACCGGGGGGGAUUCGCGCCUCGUUGGCAGAGAUCGGCAAUUGGCCACACACACUGCACCCUCCACGAUCCGAAUCAGCUUUCCUGCCUCUAACGCACACAACCGCUUCCUCCAGGUCUACAUCAGCAACGCCCAAAGCCCAGUCAUCUUCUGCUCGGCUGGGACAUCCGAGUCACCCCAGAACCAAAACCCCACCAGAAGCAACCAUAAAGACACCACGCACUGCGAGGUCAGCAAACGCGCCCUGGGAUCCGCCCCCGUUAUUCCAAGUGUAUCCUCAGGCGAUCAAGCACAGUACUUUAUCAGCAUGCAAUGCAUCUAUUGACGUGCUCAUUCGCAUGAGUGGCAAUCGAGGCAGCUUGCUGAUGCAUGACAACACGACACCUGCGGCGUCAAACAUGGACGAGGAAGAUGACGCCGAAAGAAAAGGGGAGAAGAGCAGUAGGAGAAGACACCAACGGGGGGGUUCGAGGAAUAUCUUGGAUUGGACUAGCAAGAUUUACGUGUUUGUCACGUCAGGUUAUUUACUUCAAUAUGCUGCAGAAGGUUCCUUCGACCGCUUGCCCGAGAAGAUACUCCAACUAAGCAAGGAUUCUGCUGCAUUCGCUAGCGACCUCAUCCCAGGAAGGCACUGGGUUUUGCAAGUUUCUUCAUACAUGGAUUCUGACGGCACCACUUCUUCAGACUCGAAGUCAUUAUUUGCCAAAUUGGCACUCCGAGGUCCUGAAAAGAGGCACGCGUCCAACAUGCUGAUGGUAUUUCAGAGUGCCGAGGACAUGGACAGCUGGCUUGCGAUAUUGCGACGGGGUAUCGAGGCACUGGGUGGCAAGAAGAAGCUCACGGAAACUGGCAAACCGAACAUGGAGGACAUCGUAUCGCCACUCAGAGCGCGACCCAGUCAAAGGAUACUUGUCGUCCGAGAUCCCGAACGCUUCACUAGCGUAAAACAUGAAGACUUUUCCUGGACAUCGCCAACUGCCCUGAAGGAACCUACCGAAACCCUUCCCGCGCUGACGCCGACAGAGCCUGCACUAGAGUUCGUGCUGGACGACGCGUCUACUACGGAGAGUCACUACUCAUCUGAUGGACAGCGCCUUGACAGUUUGCGAGACAGCGGUAAUUGGCUGUCGUUUAUAUCAUCUGGGCAGAGGACAGUCAUGACUUCUGCGGGCUCUUCUCCGGCAUGCUCACCUGUUCGUCCUAGUUUCUCCCGCCAUUCUGAUGACCCCUUGCCGCAAACGAGUGUGCCAGAAGUCCGUCUCCGUCCCAACGCGCAGGCAAUCGCGAAUCGUAGGCAGUCGAUGCAAACUAUGAUGCCAGCUUUCGAUGGACGCAUAGAUCCUACCAUCCGCCCGCGCUCGACCGCACCCAGCUCGACCGUCCAGAAAGAUGGAUAUCAAUUCGCGCCUGGGCGUUCAAGCAUACCGAACUUCAGCGUGCCUCAUAACACGAGCAGACGGAUGUCUGGUGUGCGGACCACGCCGCUCGAUUCUGUUUCUGACCAAUUUCAGGAGCCGGAACAGGAGCUGACCGUCAAGACAACACGCAAACCGCCGCCGACCGCUUUAGCAAUGUCGCGGCCCCUGUCCGUUGUUGUUGAUCAACCCUCGCCGCUCUGCUCGCCCCUGGAAACGAGAGGUCCUACCACACUGCGACCCCCAAGCCCUCCGGCAGAGGAGGGUCCCGCUUCGCCUUCAAUGUUUUCGGCAUGGGUCAAGGAUGUUGCAAUAUCUGCGACAAGAGGCGAAGUGCUCCCCACGCGAGGGUCAAGUCUGGCAGCGGUACGACAGUCAGUACCAACUCUUAGACUUAAUAUCCAAACCAGCCCACCAAGAAGGAGUAGUGUGGGCGCCUUGAAGGAGAUGUCACCGAAGAGGUCGCGGUCCAAUGCUCCCAGCUUCAUACUCCCUGGGGCCCUUCCGCCUCCUAGAGCGAAGUUUUUAUCCAAGUUGGAGGUCCGGGAGGAAACACUUCGGUCGCUGAGUUCCGUGGAUUCUCCCGGCCCGGAACGACAACUUCCCACUACCACUUCCUACAAGCGGGGAAGCUUUCUGGCAGAGAACCUCCCUUCGCUCUCGGCCCGGCAUUCAUUCACCAACGUUGGUGACCUUGGUACUACGGACGGGAAGUUUCCCUCACUGCCGCGUAGAUCCUCGAAGCGCCUGACCAAAUCCCCAUGUACCGCCACUUCGCCUCAAUUCUUAACCAAUGACCCAACGACAAAGCAUUUGUUGAAUCGACGAAGCAUGCCUCAGCUUGGAGACGUGCCUCCGCCUCCUCUUCCACCACCGACUUGUGCUCUGCCGCCGAUUCCAAAGAAG